AUGGCACGUUAUAUUGUUGAGAUCUCCGCCGACGAAAUAUCCCAGUCCGCAGCAUGUCUUCAGGAAAAUAAUCUAACAAAGAAUGAACUUUUGGAAAUUUUGGAUUCGAUUCGAGCCGGUGCCAAGGAAGUGGAUUCACGUGUCAAAUGCCAUACCCAUUGUCUGAUGAAAAGUUUCGGGCAUUUAGAUGAAAAUGGCAAGUUCGAUCCUCAGUCAAUUGGUGAUGGAACUGAUUUAUCGGACAUUGGUAUGGCGGAUUUGGAGAAAUGCUAUGAAGAGUAUCAGGCCUCAGAUGACAAGUGCGAGUAUGCCUAUUGUGUUAUAACAACAAUGGAGAAUGUUGAAUAA